CGGCUCUCGCGAGCGGCAGGCGGCCGGGCGGGGCGCGGCGCGGCGUAGUCUCGCGAGAGCCGUGCGGCCCCGCCCGGGCCCGCUCCCCCCGGCGCCCCGCUCCCCCCGCCGCGCUAAUAUGGUCGCCGGCGAUGGACCCUGUCAGGCCAGGAAGCCCUUACCAGCCCGUAAUUGAAGCAUUAACAAACUAUCCACAAAAGAGGUUCUACAAUGUCUCGAAGCUUGGAGGCACCAAGUAUGAUGUUCUGCCUUAUUCUAUACGAGUGUUGUUUGAAUCCAGUAUCCGUAACUGUGAUGGCUUCUUAGUGAAAGAAACAGAUGCUAUGAACAUUUUAGACUGGAAGACAAAACAGAAUAAUGUUGAAGUGCCCUUCUGUCCUGCCAGAGUUGUUCUUCAAGAUUUUACUGGAAUUCCAGCAAUGGUGGAUUUUGCUGCCAUGAGGGAAGCGGUGAGAAAUGCUGGAGGAGAUCCUGUGAAAGUCAAUCCUGCCUGCCCAACUGAUCUCACUGUUGACCAUUCUCUGCAGAUUGAUUUCAGCAAAUGUGCAAUACAGAAUACUCCAAAUCCUGGAGGUGGUGAGUCACAGAAGCCAGCGGCAAAGCUUUCUCCACUUAAAAUACAGCCUCGGAAGUUACCUUGCAGGGGUCAGACUGGCUGCAAGGGGCCAUGUAGUGCUGGAGAUUCGAGUCGCAACUCAGGACAGUUUUCUGCGCAGAUUGAAAACACGCCUAUCCUCUGUCCUUUUCACCUUCAGCCGGUGCCUGAGCCUGAGACAGUAUUGAAAAAUCAAGAGAUGGAAUUCGGCAGAAAUAGAGAGAGACUUCAAUUUUUUAAGUGGAGUUCAAAGGUUUUCAAGAAUAUUUCCAUAAUUCCACCGGAGACUGGAAUGGCACACCAAGUUAACUUGGAGUAUCUGUCAAGAGUUGUUUUUGAAGUUAAAGAUUUCCUAUAUCCAGAUAGUGUGGUUGGCACAGAUUCUCACAUGACCAUGGUAAAUGGCUUGGGUAUCUUGGGCUGGGGUGUUGGGGGGAUUGAAACAGAAGCAGUGAUGCUGGGGAUGCCAGUUACUCUCACUCUGCCGGAGGUGGUUGGGUGCGAACUGACAGGCACAGCCAGCACACUUGCUACAUCCAUAGAUAUUGUUCUGAGCAUUACGAAGCAUCUUAGGCAAGCUGAUGUUGCUGGAAAAUUUGUUGAGUUCUUUGGGAGUGGCGUUUCCCAGCUGUCUGUAGCAGACCGAACCACAAUAGCAAAUAUGUGUCCUGAAUAUGGUGCUAUUCUGAGCUUUUUCCCUGUUGAUAAUGUGACACUGAAGCACUUAAAGCAUACAGGUUUUGACAAGGCCAAGCUUGAAGUCAUGGAAGCAUAUCUUAAAGCUGUGAAGUUAUUUAGAAAUGAUGAGAGUUCUUCCAGAGAACCUGAGUAUUCCCAGAUAGUGCAAAUUAGUUUAAGUUCUAUAAUUCCAUAUGUCAGUGGCCCCAAGAGAUCCCAAGAUAGAGUGGCUGUUAAUAACAUGAAAAGUGACUUCCAAGCCUGCUUAAAUGAAAAGACUGGUGUUAAAGGGUUUCAGAUUGCAGUUGAGAAACAGAAUGACAUUGUACCUGUUCAGUAUGAAGGAAAUGAAUACAAGCUAUCUCAUGGCUGCAUUGUCAUUGCUGCAGUAAUCAGCUGUACCAAUAAUUGCAAUCCAUCUGUCAUGCUUGCUGCAGGACUGCUGGCCAAAAAAGCUGUUGAAGCUGGCCUAGUGGUAAAGCCCUACAUAAGAACAAGUUUAUCACCAGGCAGUGGAAUGGUUACACAUUACCUCAGUUCAAGUGGAGUAUUACCAUACCUCAGUAAGCUUGGGUUUGAGGUUGUCGGUUAUGGGUGUUCAACCUGUGUUGGAAACACUGCUCCCCUUCCAGAAGCCAUCAGGAAUGCAAUAAAGCAGGGUGAUAUAAUUGCCUGUGGAGUGCUGUCUGGAACAAAGAACUUUGAAGGACGUCUCUGUGACUGUGUCCGUGCCAAUUACCUUGCUUCUCCACCGCUAGUAGUUGCUUAUGCUAUUGCAGGCACUGUUAGAAUAGACUUCGAGACUGAGCCUUUGGGCACUGGCUUUAAUGGAAAAAGUAUCUACCUACGAGAUAUUUGGCCUACCCGAAAAGAGCUACACACAGUGGAGGAAGAGUGUGUGAUAUCGUCCAUGUUUAAGGAAUUGAAAGAAAAAAUGGAGAAGGGAAACAAACGAUGGAAUUCACUAGAAGCGCCUGAGUCAGCUUUAUUUCCCUGGGAUUUGAAAUCUACUUACAUCAGAUGUCCUUCCUUUUUCGAUAAACUUGCCAAAGAACCAGUUUCACCACAAGCGAUUGAAAAUGCCCAUGUCUUGUUGUAUUUGGGAGAUUCUGUAACUACAGAUCACAUAUCCCCUGCUGGAAGCAUUGCAAGGAGUAGUGCUGCUGCUAAGUAUCUGACCAACAAAGGACUCACACCUCGUGAAUUCAACUCUUAUGGAGCUCGAAGAGGUAAUGAUGCUGUGAUGACAAGAGGUACCUUUGCGAAUAUCAAGCUUCUGAAUAAGUUCAUAGGAAAACCAGCUCCUAAAACAAUUCAUUUUCCAUCUGGACAAACGCUAGAUGUGUUUGAAGCAGCGGAGUUGUACCAGAAAGAAGGCAUUCCUGUAAUUAUUUUAGCAGGAAAGAAGUAUGGACUGGGCAGCUCAAGAGACUGGGCAGCAAAAGGACCUUUUCUACUGGGUGUUAAAGCUGUCCUAGCUGAAAGCUACGAGAAGGUCCAUAAAAGCCAAUUGAUUGGAAUAGGCAUAGCUCCGCUUCAGUUUCUUCCUGGGGAAAAUCCAAAUACUUUGGGUCUCACUGGCAGAGAGCAGUUUUCUAUAUUGUUCCCUCCAGAGCUGUCGCCUGGAAUGACUUUGGAUAUUAAGACAAGCACUGGAAAAGUGUUCAGCGUGAUUGCCUUGUUUGAAAAUGACGUGGAGAUAACUUUAUACAAAUAUGGUGGAAGUCUAAACUUUGUGGCUCGAAGAUUCUUAUAGUAACUACUGACUCUAUGGGUACCUUGCAUUAACUGGUAAUCCUGAAAAUGCCUUGUGUGAACCCAGGAAUCUGUACCGUGGAACUGCAAACAGUCCUAGUGUGCUCAAAGUUACUUCGUCCAUGGAUGUAAAAGAUUGUGAAUCAUUGUAACUGCAACAAGAUCCUUCCUGAUUUUAAAUAAUAUUCUAAUGGUGCUAUUAAACAUUGCUAAAAUCAACAUGUGUGUUGUGGCAGAGAGCUGUAAGUAUGGAGGGGAUGUUUUAUGAGACCAUUUUGUAAAUAAACUACACGAAAUCUGAAACUGAUUGUGCUGAAGAUUAUUAUGUAAGAUUUUCUGCAGUUGUUUCCACUUAGUUUUUGCACCUGUAAAUCUGUGUACUGCUGUUUGUUGGUUUAAGGGUAGCAGAUGGUAUCAAAUGCUAAAGGCCGGACAUGUUUUUUGGCAUCAAAAUCUUAGAACAGAUCUUCAGUUUUGAAUUAUCUGCUCUUUAAAUUAUGGGCUGAGCAAAAAGCAGUCCACAAGGCCCACGGUGUCCUGUAUCAUGAUUUACAUUAUGGCAUUAUAUCCCAUAUGGAUUUGAAACUGCUCACACCAUGAAGUACCGUGUGCUAGAAGUAUGAAGUUUGCAUGGGCAACAUCUCUGCAUUUAAGAAAAUGCCCACGAUGUAUUUUGUUCAUGCUGAUCGAGUAUAGCACCCUGGCCUUUUGGUAAGCUGCAGUUUGUCAUGUCUACCUUAACGUGUGCAGUUUGUCCUUUAUGGCAUCAGGUUUUUACUGUAAUGUUUGAUAUCAUUAGCCAAAGUACUUCCCUUUAGAAUUUUAACCUUUAAAAAAGUUUAUUACGACUGUUUAAAUUCCUCUGCUUUAAACGCAGCAUAUGUCUAAUAAAUUCUAUUUGUCAAAUGUUAACUAGCUGAGAUAGCCAUACUGCUUUUUACUGCUUUCUAAUAUGCUGUUAGUUUGCAGCUCUUCUGAACAAGUAUCAGAUUCCCUGGCUGAAGAUCUCUGGAUAUCGAACAAAUUUGGCUCUUAGCCACUGCAACUCCAAUAAAUAUAAUUAUCAGCGUAUUGAUGAUUUAAAAAAAAAAAUAAUCUACUGUUGCAUAUUUAAUAUUAAUGGAAGAUGCACAGUUUCUGCAUAAGUGCUUUUGUUUUAUCACUGCAAUAAUCAUUGAUUUUUCUGACUAGCGCAAGUGAGUCUUUACUGAUAGCUUCAAGAUAGCUAUUUCUGUGCUCCUAUAUCUUGAACAGCUUCAUAGUACCACUUAUUGUUAUGUAGAGAUUAACUUCUUUUGAAGGGCAAAGCUGCAAUAACUUGCCUAUAACUUGUCAAGAUUUUUGCUUUUAGAUUUUUGCUCUUGAUAAACAUUGUCUUAAAUGUCAAAACUUGUAAGAGGAGUACAUUAGCUUUACUACAUAUGCUUUAUUUAAAUUUAUAACCAGAUGCUAAGCCAGUUGACUUGCAGAAUGAGAUGCUAUUUAAGGAUUUGAAUGGUGUAUGUUUGACAUGCCUAAAAAUAUAAAGUAAAAAAACCUGACAAUUAUAUCAAUACAGUAUAAUUUCUGGACAGUUCAAAUGCUACGUUCUGUUUCUUUGGCAUAAUUCUGAUAUAUCUUAUUUUACUGGCCAAAAUUCCUUAAGGUUUGAAAUUAUGUAUGCUUCACUAAUUUGGCUGUUUUUCUUUUAGUUGAAAUGAAAAAAACAACCAACAUUCCAGUGACUCAUACCAUUGAUGGGUAAUAAAUCAAUGCAUUUUUGAAUACUGUAUUCAACUGAAUGCUGAAUGAGUUUGUUCUGCGGUACUCUUUUGGCUAAUUUUAUCAAGAAUUAAGAUCUUAUUUCUUGUAUAACAGUGUCUAAUAUUUCUUUUUCAGCUCAAGGAUAUAUUCUUAAUUGAAGAAAAUGCAUGUUCAUUAUUGAGGAGCAAAUAAGACUUUAAAGCUGCCAUGUAAUGAUGCCUCAUGCAGAUGAUAAAUGAAAAUACAGCUACCAGGCUGUUUAAAAAAAAAUAAAAUCUGUACCUGCUUAUGCUCGAGUGGGACCCAGCCUCCCACCCUCUCUAGUGCAGUAACACUCAUUGCUUCAGAUGGAGAUAGUGAUCCAAGCCAUUUCAAGGUAAACCAAUAUUGUGAAGUUAAGUGCAAUUUCAAGGGCUGUGACUUAUCCACAAGUUAUUGUCACCAAUAAAAGUAGUCAUCUCUUUUAAGAGAUGUGAUGGCUUCGUUACCAUAGCAACUACUUGAAAUCUGCUGCACUCCUAUGCCUUAACAUCAGUGAAAGACAGCUCAAAGCAGAGAUGCUGUUAACCUUGAGGCUCAUGCUGAUGUUGAUAGCGUCUUGGUCUCUUGUGCAGACUGACUCCUGUGCUUAAGAUCUGUACAUAUGAAGUGUAGCAGGUGCCGAGAGGAAGAGCACUGCUUGUGUAGCCAUCUCCUGCUUCUCAUGUGGUAGUGAACUGCCAAUGAAGAACCCUUGUGUGAUUAUCCAUGGCAACGUGCCUGUCCCCUCUCCCAUGAGCAGCAGUGAACAUUAUAAAGUCCAGGUCAAUAACUCAGCAGUGAAGGAGGGACAUUUGACUUUGAACAUAGUGCUAGGAACCCGUGAGCGACAGUGAAGUUUGCUUUCUGGCAGUGGCAGUAUACAAUACAGGCUGAGGAUUGCUGUGAUCACACAAAAAAGCAUUGUUCAGUCAGACUUUAUAGUAUCUUAAAACAUAGGAGGAAAUGCUCCUUUCUGAGGAAGUGACUGUGUUAGAUGUAUUUAACCUAGAAUUCUGUCUCCAGUUUGAUUUGGAGAAGAAUCUAUGACAGUUUUUCUAAACAUUUACUCUGUGCCCUUCCCCCCUCCCCCCCCCCCCAAAUGACAGAACUUUGGGAUAGUGUUGAUGUUUAUACACUUUACACCAAAGUUUAAGAACAUGAAAUUAUGUAUAUUGAUAAUAUUUAAGCAACUGCAAAUCUGUCUGCUGUUUAAAGCCAACAAAACAGUCGUAAGUUUUAAGUUCAGUCAGUAUUGUAUAGCUGUAACUUAUAAGAAGUUCAGUUGAUGACAAUUGUGCAUAAAAUGUUACUGAUGCUGUAAAUUAUUUUUAAUAAAGAAAAUUGUAUCACAA